UUGGGCCUCCCAACGCCAGUGCGGAGCUCUUCAGCUCUAUUUCACAGUGAAAGGAGUGGGUGUCUCUUGACCACCUCACACAAAGUUCUCACACUCUCCCUUGCUUGUAUCUCUCACCCCGAUUUCCCUUCGCCUUCCACCGAUGUCUGGCAGAAGGUCCAGGAUCUCAGAGGAGGAGAUCAAGGAGCUAAUCUCGAAGCUCCGAUUUCUUCUUCCCGAAACCCGCCGUCAAGGCGGAAGCAGAGCUUUAGCUGCAAAACUACUACAAGAGACAUGCGACUACAUCGAGAGCCUGCACCGGGACGUCGACGAUCUUAGCGACCGCCUGACGGAGCUGAUGGCGACCAUGGACAUCAGCAGCGCGCAGGCUGAGAUCGUGCGGAGUCUCCUCCGCUCCUGAGCCGAGUUAGGCACUUUGCUUCAUCGACUUAUAGCUACGGAAGGACAAGGUUUAUCUAUCUAUAUAUAUAUAUAUAUAGGAGGAGCUCUUAGGACGACUAGUUAUGGUACU